CAGCGCAGCAUCCCGCAUCACACUGAAGGAUGCUGGCAACCAUGUCUGAAAAAACACACACACAACCACAUAUGGCUGACGAGGUGGAAACAGCAAUGUAGCUUUGAAGAUGCCAUCCUUUUUCGUCUCUCGUUUUCUCUUCUUUAUAUUUUUGUCCGGUUUUAAAGGCACAGCCGGUAAAUCGAUCCCUGAAAGGGAAGCUCUCGAGGUGCAAGUGAGGGUCCAGGUGUUUGACAGCGGUGAUCUUUCACCCCUGGCCAACGCUGCUAUUGCUGUUCAUGGUAACCAGACUCUGCUGGCACAAAGCAAAGCAGGCAGUGAUGGCGUGCAGGUCGUCAGCUUCCUGUACCGCACGGGAACAUGGGUAAUCAUUACGGCAUCUCAGAGAGAUUACCUCACCAGCUCAGUGCCAUGGCACGCCAGCCGUUUACCCCUAUAUGCCUCUGUCAGUCUUUACCUGAUGGCCCAGAAGCCUGGCACACUGAUCCUAUAUGAUGAUGUCAUCCAGGUGUUUCAUGGCUCUCCAAGUGGGCGGAGCCAGCCAUGGCUGCAGGUUCCAAGGCGGAGCCUACAGUUUAACUCCUCCUACACUGAACUUACCGCAGUUUUAACAACAGCCAGAGAGCAGAAUGAAAUUAACUCAUUCCCUUACCCACUCGCUCUUGAACCAAACAACACUGGAGGAGAGAAUGGCUGGACGGACCUGACAACAAUAGCAGCGGUCAGCGCGCAACUGUUUGACCGCGAGGGUCGAGCGGUUGAGGUCAGUGAGCCCGUUCAUAUCUCCGUGCCUCUGCCUUCUGAUACCCACAUACGAUCUGCCACCAGCAUACCCGUAUGGAUGUAUGACACCAAGACAGGACUAUGGGUUCGAAACGGAACAGGAUUUAUCACUCGAGAGGGAUCGCAGCUAACGUGGGACUUCACUGCCUCCCAGCUUGGCUACUGGAUUGCAGCUUUCCGUUCUUCAGCAGGCUCAGGUUUGUCUCACCCAGGCCUGAGGGAUAUCACUGCCUACCACACCUUCUUUCUGCUGUCCAUCUUGGGAUCUCUCGCUCUGUUGGUACUAGUCUUGCUCUGCGUCCUGCUCUAUUAUUGCAGACGAAGAUGUUUGAAGCCUCGACGGCAGCAGAAACAGGUUCAAGCACCAUCUGCUUUGAACGGAUCCAAGCGAGACCAAGGCACCUCCAUGUCCCAUUUGAACCUCAUCUGUGGUGGCCACGUCGAAUCCGCUGCCUCCAAUGGCAACAUGGAUGCCAACAAAUCCGAAGGAUCCCCAUCCCAUGCUUUCAAAAGUGCUCGGGAUGAGUUUACAAGGCACAUUCCUGCCCAUAAGCUUCGGCAUUCCUCCAAGACCAAGCAAUCCAAAGGAGCCCAAAAGAAUGCAGAGAGUUUUCCAAUGAAGGUACAUCGAUCUACGGAUACAAGCAAUCUGGAUAGCAAUCUUCUACAUGAUGAUUACGGACGCAACUAUAGCCCUGAUGACAAGGAUCACGACUAUCGUCGUAGACAUGUUGUCAAUGAUAACCGUGGCUACACAUCCGACCCGCCUUCUCCACCACUUGUCGACAAGCCACCGGAGUAUUCACAGGUUUUGCAAGGCCCAGAUCACCUUGCUCGCCCAACGUCACUCAAUACACAACCAGGUCAGAUUAUAUUCUGCAGCUCUCUGGAUCAGAUGAAGGAGAACAUGUACCGUACUAUGGUACCAACACUUGUGAUUCCAGCCCACUACAUGAGGCUUUCAUCCGAGUUUGGUGCCACAGAUCAGGGUAAAGACGGGGCAAACCAGGCGGACCGAGACGGACAGAGUUCGCAAGGUGCCAGCAGUGGAAUUCAAGGCCAAAACCACCAAGGCCAAACCCCUGGUUCAGGCCAUUUAGACGCCCAGCAAGGUGCAUCUCCAGCAGGCUCCGACGAGAGUGUGUGGCCUCCCGGUGGACCACCGGCACCGGUUCACAUCCCUGUUUUGUUCAAUGACUCCACCAUCUCCCAGAUGAAUGGGGAGCUGCAGGCGCUCACCGAGAAGAAGCUUCUGGAACUGGGGGUGAAGCAACACCCACGUGCCUGGUUCAUAUCACUUGACGGACGCGCCAAUGCUCACGUGCGCCACUCGUACAUUGACGUAGGUGCCGAUCUCAGCCACAGUGGAACGCAUAGUGGAAACCACAGCGCCCAAAGUACGCUAAGUGCCCCUGCCGGGAGUAGUAAGGACCGAAGCGUAGACACAAGUCUUCAAGAGACCCAGCAUGAGCGCAAGUCCGCAUCUGGUCGCAAGAACAAAGAGGAACACCACGGAAGUGGACGCAAGGGCCAUGGAGGAAGCAGCUCGAGCAGUACAAGUGGCGGAAAACACUACUCCAAACCAACCUACCAUGAUCCGCUGGAUCUAAGUGGAGGAGUGAGCCGCAUGGGAGCCAGUUCACCACUGGAAAACCCAUUGACCCCUCUUUUGGAUGACGGUCCUGAAGAACCCCGAGGGUCUUCGAUGCCGAGAAGAGGUCGAAGCCGUGGGAACAGCUCACGUAGUAGCAACAGCGAAACACAACGUGACUCCGUCACCAGCCCGGAAGACGACAACGACCUCGAUGACAAGGAUGAAAACAAGAAGAGUCCCUGGCAGCGCAUUGAAGAGCGCCCCCUAAUGGUGUUUCACGCCAAGAAGUAGAGCGAGAAAUCAAUCCCAGCAGCUGCCUUGAAUGAUUGGACUAACUAGAGAUGUGUUCAAAUUGAUAAUGACUCUGAAAGUUUGACUAUUUGUGUCGUUAUAAGUUGAUAGACGUUUCCAAAAUGAUUAUUCCAUUGGAUUUUGAAGUCUUUCCAUGACAACAUACUUUCACAGAUCAAUUUGAAUGCAUCUCAGGGGUCAAAGAACACAAAUUUGGUGGCAUCAUACCAACCUAGUGUUUUGCACACCAAGAAUUACAUUAAAUUCAAGACUAGAACGCCAUUGUAGAUAGAGGAAUACGAGAUACCAAACAACAGGGCGAGUGCAUUAAAAUAAAGCACAACACAACAACACAAUAUGCUGGUCUACAAGAGGAAGACUUUGUCUUACAGUCCUUCUAUUUCCAAACCAAUCAGACUCUUACAAACUAUUGCAUCCAAAAGUACCCAAGUACCUUUUCACUCUCAAUGGCUUGGUGAUAGACUUUUUCAAUGGAUGGCUUUCGCUCAAGUCUUCAAUAUGUUGGAUCAAGAACUUGACGUUUUACCGAAAUUCAUGUAAGAGUUUUAGAGACCCAUUUUCUUAUGUUCUGAUGCAGUAUAUUCCUUGGUAACUCUUCCCAACUUUCUCGUUCUUCUACCUUCAGUAUCCAUUAUUUUGAUGUCAGUUUCACAUUUAAUCUUUCAUACUAAUUUUAUAUGUUUCGUGCAUUGCUAAUCUGAAAUGUACAGUUCAGAUUAUAAACAUUCCAGAUUUUUUACUGUUCGUCCUUAGGUAGAUGAAUAAAAACAAACAAGGCUUAGUGUUCACAUUUAUGUGUAAUGUGAUGUUAUAGCAAUUUCUAAGUCAUUACACAUUGCAUUUUCGAUUUAUUGUAUUAUAUGUUACGCCAUACCACACUUUCCACUCCAGUGCUGUUCUUGAAUCUAGUCUUUGAGGAUGUCACAGGCCUAAAUUUAGCACUUGUUGCAUUAAAGUUCAGAUUUGUAUAGGAAAUGGGGAUGAAGGGAUGAAGUUACUCUUCAGCGGGACCCCAAUCUCACUUAAAAUGAAAAAGCAUUGACAGUAGAUAUGAAUGUACGCUUCCCACAAUUAGCAUUUUUAGUCCAGCUUUUCAUUCGUUUUAAAAGAGAGCCAUUAGCAUUUUGUGUAUAUGUAUGAUAGCCUAUAUGUGCAUGAGAUAACUAGUAUAGGACAACAGAUUUUUUAUGCCUACAAAUUAAAAUAGACACUAUUGAAGCAUGAAGAUGGAUACUAGAUGCAUCCGAUACCGAUGCCUGAUGGGAAGAAAUUUGCCAAAAUUUCAAAUGAAAUCUUAUAUACCAGUUUACAGGCCAGUGUUUGGCCAAUGUAUUUCCAUCCAAACUGUUAAUAUUCACAUAUGUCUUCAUUGCAUUGACUGUGACAAAAGUCUCGGAUCAUUUUAAUAAGCCAUUUAAAUAUUAAAAGCUAAGAAUUUAUGUUACUUUUCUAUUUACAAUUUUUAAAACUAUUUAUUAUUAUUUGUUCACCAUUAUUAAAGCAAGCACAAGACAUGUGAUUUUUAAAGCAACGUUUUAAGUAAUUAAGAUUACAGGGUACCAUAAGGAGCAUGAAGGCUGAGACACUCAAGAGCUAUUUGACGACUAUCAAACAUAAUAGAAAGAGACUUUUACUAAAAUAGCUCCGCUCAUGCUGAUCUGGUGCCAAUCACAUGUAGAGCAG